AUGCCCUCCUCCUCCUGCACACCGCCGGCUCCCGUCGAUACCACAUGCCGCGGUUACGCCAGUUCGAGGCCGGCCCCUACCAGCUGUACGCACCGUGUAAGCCAUUGUCUCUUCCACUAUCACGCUACCUCUUCAUCCUGCCCAAAGGAGAGAGGGUCUUUUUGGACAGACCAUUUAUGCCUCGGUUGCUGUCACCCCCAUUUGAGUAGUAUCCUGCCUGGUCCGGUGACGAGGCUCGAGUUUUUUUCACCCUCCGUCUGUCGCCACCGCUACUCGGCCGUUUGUGGCCUUGAGGAUGCGACAUAUCAAACAACCGGCAACCGGCAACCGGCAACCUCGUCCUGA